AUAGCUAACAUGUACAUAGCGCCUAUGGUGUCCCAGGCCCUGUGCUGCCCAGUUCCCAGAGCCUUCUCGGCUGUUCCUGGUGGGAGCUCCCCUCCUCCUCUCCUGAUGGCUCCUACCCUGCCCAUGGAUGGCCUCUGGCAGUACCAGUUCCGCCUCAUCCUCCUGGGUGACUCUACAGUGGGCAAGAGCUCCCUGCUGAGACGUUACACGGAGGGUGUCUUCGUGGACUGUAUCGACCAGACGGUAGGAGUCGAUUUUUACGUCCACCUUAUGGAAGUGGAGCCCGGAGUCCAGGUGAAGCUACAAUUCUGGGACACAGCGGGCCAGGAGCGAUUCAGGUCAGUGACUCGGUCUUACUACCGAAACUCAGCAGGUGGGCUGUUGCUGUUUGACGUGGCCAACCGAGCAUCCUUUGAGAACGUUCCCAAAUGGCACCAGGAGGUCAUGGAGAAAGUGAAGCCCUUUGGCAUCGUCUUCCUAGUGGUGGGGCACAAGAGCGACCUGGUGGCCGAGAGACAAGUGACCCCUGAGGAGGGAGAGAAGUUGGCCUCCUCUCUGGGAGCCCGCUAUGUGGAGACCUCAGCCAAGAGUGAUAGCAAUGUCGCCUUGGCUGUCCAGCUGCUCGCCCAGGACAUCUAUGAGGCUGUGAAGAAGGGGACCAUGGGCCCAAGCACGGAGUGGGAUGGGGUGAGGAGUCGGGUGCCAGCCCACCCUGGGCAGCAAGAGACAAAGGACAGAGGUGGAGAAGGUUGGAAAUGUCCGUGCUGGUGA